ACAAGGGCAGUGCGGUUAUGUUGUGGGGUUCAUAUCGAUGGUCUAUGACGUCCAUAAUGCUUUAGUGUGAAGCAGUCACAAAGAUCUUCUCUCUCAAUAAACAGCUAAAGUUCAAAAGGCAAUUGAAGUGAUGGAUGAGUUGUGUUUGUGUCCAGGUCUCCAGUCUACUAUGGAUGAGGAGAGAGAAGAGGGGGGUCCUACCUCUAAGACCACUCUGUCUGGGGAACAUGGCCGCCGGAGCAAAGCUAAGAGCCCAGAGAAGCAGGAGAGAACAGACCCCCCUGGACCCAGCUGUGUCUCCAUGAAGAGUGGCUGGUCUAUGGAUAAUCCUCUUAGUUUUAAAGAUGGAAAUCAGUCUAUCAAGAAGAGUAGAGUCCAGCAGGAGAGAGCAGACUCCCCUGGACCCAGCUGUGUCUCCAUGAAGAGUGACCACUCUAUGGAUGUACCAUUGUUGUUUAAAGAUGGACGUCCCUCCAGCGAGGAGAGCCCAGAGCAGCAGCAGAGAGCAGACUCCCCUGGACCCAGCUGUGUCUCCAUGAAGAGUGACCACUCUAUGGAUGUACCAUUGUUGUUUAAAGAUGGACGCCCCUUCAGAGAGGAGAGCCCAGAGCAGCAGAGAACAGAUUCCCCUGGACCCAGCUGUGUCUCCAUGAAGAGUGACCACUCUAUGGAUGUACCAUUGUUGUUUAAAGAUGGACGCCCCUUAAGAGAGGAGAGACACCAGAUGACGUCAAAGGUUACCAGUGCUCAGUCUCUACAGCAACAUCAAACAGAGCUGAUCAAGAGGGCUGAGGAGAACGCACACGCUUUUCUAGACAAGGAGCUGAAGAAGCUCUGGAGGGAUCUCUUCUCAGAUUACCCACAAUGCUCAGAGAGUCAGAGGGAGGAGGAGGAGGAGGAGGAGGUGGAUGAUAAGAAGGAGGAGCAGAGGAGGCGCGCCAUAGAGGGAGUGGUGGACAUCACAAUCCUCUGCCUGAUGGAAAUGAACCAGGAGGAACUGGCCGACACACUGUGGGGCGGAGCUGCUGCUGUCGAGUGCCAACAUAAAAUCAAGACUCAUUCGAAGAAGAAGUUCAAGUGUGUGUUUGAGGGAAUCGCUAAAGCAGGUCAUUCAACACCUCUGAAUGACGUCUACACAGAGAACUUCAUCACAGAGAGAGGCAGUGGAGAGGUCAACAAGGAACAUGAGGUCAGACUGAUUGAAACCGCUUCCAGGAAACCAGUCAAUGAAGGAACACCAAUCAAAUGUGCCGACCUCUUUAAACCCUUACCUGGACACGAUCAACCAAUCAGGACAAUAAUGACAACUGGAGUGGCCGGUAUUGGUAAAACCAUCUUAACACACAAGUUCAUCCUGGACUGGGCUGAAAAACAAGCCAACCACGACAUCCACUUUACAUUUCUCCUCACUUUCAGAGAGCUGAAUUUACUGAAAGGGGAACAUUUUAGCUUGGUGGAACUACUUCAUCACUUCUGUAUUGAGACCAAAGAAGCAGGAAUCUGCAGAUACGACCGGUUCCAAGUUGUCUUCAUCUUGGAUGGACUGGAUGAGUGUCGACUUCCUCUGGACUUCCAGAACAACAAGAUAUGGAAUGAUGUCACAAAGUCCACCUCGGUGGACAUGCUGCUGACAAACCUCAUCAGGGGCCACCUGCUUCCCUCUGCUUGCGUCUGGAUAACCACACGCCCUGCGGCAGCCAAUAAGAUCCCUGCUCAUUGUGUUGACAUGGUGACAGAGGUGAGAGGGUUCACCGACCAACAGAAGGAGGACUACUUCAGGAAGAGAUUCAAAGAUGAGACGCUGGCCAGCACAAUCAUCACCCACGUCAAGAAAUCACGAAGCCUCCACAUCAUGUGUCACAUCCCAGUAUUCUGUUGGAUCACUGUUACAGUCCUGGAGGACAUCUUCAAAACAUCCCAGAUAGGAGAAGAGACGCCCAAGACCGUGACUCAGAUGUACAGCCACUUCCUGAGGGUUCAGUCCAUACAGGGGGACAGGAAGUACCAUGGGAGGGCUGAAACGGAUCCAGACUGGAGCUCAGAGAGCUGGGAGAUCAUUGUUUCUCUGGGAAAACUGGCUUUUAACCAGCUGGAGAGUGGCAACCUGAUCUUCUACGAGGCAGACCUGGUAAAGUGUGACAUUGAUAUCAGAGCAGCCUCAGUGUACUCAGGAGUGUUCACCCAGAUCUUUAAAGAGUGUGGGCUGUACCUGGACAAGGUGUUCUGCUUUGUCCAUCUGAGCCUCCAGGAGUUUCUGGCUGCUCUUUAUGUCUUUUGGUCCUUCAUCCACAAUGGUGUCAAUCUGCUCUCAGAAGAACCAGCAACCUCCAGUGAAGAUGAACUCCUCCUCUACCAGAGUGCUGUGGACAAGGCCUUACAGAGUGAGAACGGACACAUGGACUUGUUCCUCCGCUUCCUCCUGGGCCUCUCUCUGGAGACCAAUCAGAUUCUCCUACGAGGUCUGCUGGGACAGACAAGAAGUAGCUCACAGACCAACAAGGGAACAGUGUCUUACAUCAAGCAUAAGUUAGAUGGUAAUCUCUCUCCAGAGAGAAGCAUCAAUCUGUUUCACUGUCUGAAUGAGCUGAACGACCGUUCUCUAGUGGAGGAGAUCCAACAGUCCCUGACAUCAGGAAGUCUCUUCGAAACGCAUGUCUCUCCUGCUCAGUGGUCAGCUCUGGUCUUCAUCUUACUGACAUCAGAAGAGGAGCUGGACGUGUUUGACCUGAAGAAAUACCAAGCUUCAGAGGAGGGUCUUCUGAGGCUGCUGCCAGUGAUCAAAGCCUCCAAAAGAUCACUGCUGAAUGGCUGUCGUCUGUCAGAGGAAUGCUGUGAAGCUCUGGCCUCAGUUCUCAGCUCCAACUCCUGUAGUCUGACAGAGCUGGACCUGAGUACCAAUUAUCUGCAGGAUUCAGGAGUGAAGCUGCUCUCUGCUGGACUAGGGAGUCCACACUGUACACUGGAAACUCUCAGGCUGAAUGGCUGUAAUCUGUCAGAGAGAUGCUGUGAAGCUCUGGCCUCAGUUCUCAGCUCCAACUCCUGUAAUCUGAGAGAGCUGGACGUGAGUUCCAACGAUCUGCAGGAUUCAGGAGUGAAGCUGCUCUCUGCUGGACUGGGGAGUCCACACUGUACACUGGAAACUCUCAGGCUGAAUGGCUGUCAUCUGUCAGAGAGAUGCUGUGAAGCUCUGGCCUCAGUUCUCAGCUCCAACUCCUGUAAUCUGAGAGAGCUGGACGUGAGUUCCAACGAUCUGCAGGAUUCAGGAGUGAAGCUGCUCUCUGCUGGACUGGGGAGUCCACACUGUACACUGGAAACUCUCAGCUUGUCUGGCUGCCUGGUCACACAGGAAGGCUGUGCUUCACUGGCCUCAGCUCUGAGCUCCAACCCCUCCCAUCUGAGAAAGCUGGACCUGAGCUACAAUCACCCAGGAGACUCUGGAGCUGCGCUGCUCUCUGCUGGACUGGAGGAUCCACGCUGGAGACUGGACACUCUCAGUGUGGAGCACGGUGGAGUGUGGAGGCUGAAACCAGCUCUAAAGAAGUAUGCCUGUGACCUCACACUGGACCCCAACACGGCCCACAGAGAACUCUCUCUGUCUGAGGACAACAGGAAGGUGACGGAGGUUGGAGAGGACCAGUCGUAUCCGGAUCACCCAGACAGAUUUGACUACCAGCCCCAGGUGUUGGGUAGAGAGGCUCUGACUGGCCGCUGUUACUGGGAGGUAGAGUUGGAAGGAGUGGUUAGGAUAGGAGUGACAUACAGAGGAAUCACAAGGAGAGGACGGGGUGGUGACAGCAUGCUUGGAGGGAACAACAAGUCCUGGAGUCUUCAUUGUUAUGAUGGUGGUUACUCUGUCUGGUACAACGGUAGAGCGACAGCCCUCCCUCUCCCCCCCGCUGGCUCCACCAGAGUAGGAGUGUAUCUGGACCGGCCUGCUGGCUCUCUGUCCUUCUACAGAGUGUCCCCAGGUGGAGGAGGGUCCUCAGACACACUGACACACAUCCACACCUUCUGCUCCUCCUUCACCCAGGAGGACCUCCUCCCGGGGGUGAGGGUAGUGGGGGGCAGCGUCUCUGUGAUCCCUCCGCGGUAG